AUGCGCUCCGGCCAGCUAUCGCCGGUGGAGCUAUUGAGGUCUUGUCUCGACCGCAUCGAGGCGACCGACGAUCGCCUGCAUUCGUUCGUGACCAUGAUGACCGACGGGGCCCUGGAGCAGGCCCGCACGGCCGAGGCAGAGAUGCUGCGGGGAAACUACAGGGGCCCUAUGCACGGCAUCCCCUUCGCAUUGAAGGAUCUUUACGACACUGCCGGCACCCGGACCACCUCCGGUUCCUACGUCGAUCUGGAGCGAGUGCCUACGGCGGACGCAACGACCACAGCACGGCUUAAAGAGGCCGGAGGUGUCCUUGUUGGCAAGCUGGCAAUGCACGAGUUUGCUCUGGGCGGCCCCGACUGGUCGACGCCCUUCGAGCCGGCCCGCAACCCGUGGAAUCUUGACCACAUUACCGGCGGCUCCAGCAGUGGUACCGGAUCGUCGGUUGCCUCGGGACAGGUCAUGGGCGGCCUCGGCUCCUGUACCGGAGGGUCGAUACGCGGCCCUGCCUCAUACUGCGGCAUCGUCGGCCUGAAGGCCACCUACGGGCGCGUCAGCCGCGCUGGCGUUGUGACGCUCAGUUGGUCUCAGGACCACGCCGGACCGAUGACCUGGACGGUGGAGGAUACAGCGUACAUGCUGCAGGCCAUCGCAGGCCACGACCCGAAGGACCCCACGUCAAGCACGGCACCGGUGCCGGACUACUCGGCUUCGCUGGUUGAGGACAUCAGGGGUGUAACCAUAGGGCUGCCUCGGCAUUACUUCUUUGACCCCGACCCCAGCGUCAGCCCCGAGACCGUCGCAGUCGUGGAGAGGGCCGUGACUGAGUUGGAAGGACUGGGGGCGAAGGUGCGAGAGGUCUCUCUGCCCAGCCUGGACUAUGUGCGCGCUGCGAACUCGGUGAUCAUGGUUUCCGAGGCAUAUGCCUACCACGAGCCGAACCUGAAGAAGAUUCCGGAAAAGUUCGGAGACAUCGUACGCAGCCGGUUCCGCACCGGGGGGCUGUUGACCGCCUCGGACUACCUGCAGGCCCAGCGAGUACGGACGUGGGCGCGACGGGAGUUCGCGGAGGUAAUGAGGACGGUGGAUUUCCUGGUUACUCCGACCAUGACCACUCCCGCUCCUGCGUUCGAGGGAUACGAUCCAACCACUACCGUGCGGGGGCGAAGCUUUACCGCUCCCUUCAAUGUUACCGGCCUGCCGGCCAUCUCGGUACCGUGCGGCUUCACCGAAGCCGGCCUGCCAGUGGGCCUGCAGAUUGCCGGCAAGCCCUUUGACGAGCCGGGCGUGAUCCAGGCCGCCUACACCUAUCAGCAGCACGCCGGCUGGUACAAGACUCGGCCUUCGAUCUAA